CUGUGAACGAGGAGGGAAUUGAUAUGCGCUCCGGCGAACAGUGAGUGACGCGGGGUUAACAGGCAAAUACAGAGGAAGGAUGGAGUGAAACUAACCUUCACUGUCACCAGAGGAACUGCGAGGAAAUUGUAGAAAGAAUAUGCCUGGCCUAAGAAACAGGUCUACCUGGGCACCUCUGCUCCUGAAAACCUCCUGCAUCAAGUCCUGUGCCAAAGGCUGCUCCCUGGGCCUCACUGCCCACCUCACCUAUGCCAACAUAGAGCCAGUGCCAGUGGAGGGGGUGUUUGUGUACCCACUGGCUGAGAAGGAGGCGGUGGUGGGCUUUGAGGCGUCCAUCGCGGGCCGGCUCGUCAGCGUGCAGAUCCAGAGCCGGGGCAAGCUGGAGGACUGUUGCCUGGACUGCUGCCCCACCUCCGCCUUAGACACCCAGUGCACCAAUGGCAAGGACUGGUGCUGCUGUGGCAACUCCAGCCAGGACAUGCAGUGCACCAAUGGACACCUGAUUUUGGAUGAGGACCUGGAGCGAGGCACCUUCAUCAUCAGCAUCGGACUCAUUGGCUCCAUGGAGAUUGUGUCUGUCAUUAUCAGCACUACUCAGGAAUUACCCACCCUAGAGAAUGGAGCGAUCCGUCUCGUGUUCCCCACAGUCCUCACACCCAUAGUGAGGGCGCGGAUGGUGCCAACCAAGAGUGAAAAUGGGGGUCGCUCAGAGGAAAAUGGUUCAACCAGUUGUUUUGGUACCAGUCCUGGCAAGGCAGACCGGCUGCUGGGAUCCAGCCUGCAGUGUGUCCACGCCAUCUUCACCAGCCCUGCCACCAACCUCUCGCCCUAUGAGCUCAGCUUCCAGCUACUGGUCAGAGGGGCAUGUCUUCUGGCAGGCCUGGAGAGCCCCACCCACCCACUGCGGGCUGAUGCUGACCCCAGCGCCCAGUCAGCCUCUGUUACCUGCAUCACACUGGCCGAGGAGCACCCUUACGACCGGCACCUCGAGAUCAUCCUCCACCUGAGUGAGCCUCACAGCCCAUUGGUCAUCCUGGAAAGGGGGCGGCUCACUUUCAGCCAAUACGAGCAGCAGAUCAGUGCACGCCGUGACUUCGUUCGCUGUGCUCGCAAGGAUCCUGAGUCAGAGAAAAAGCUGGAGUUUGUGAGGAAGCGCUACCAUAAGGACAUCCUGUGCAGCCCGGUGCUGAUGCUGAACUUAUGCCCGGACCUGCUGUCCGAGCCGCCCCAGCUGCAGAGGGCAUCUCGGGAGCUGCUCUUUCUCAUCGACCGCAGCGGCAGCAUGAGUGACCUCAACAUCAGCAAGAUCAAGGAAGGGAUGCUGGUGGCCAUUAAAAGUGUCCCUCCUGGGACGAUGCUCAACAUCAUCGGCUUUGGCUCCACCGUCAAGACCCUGUUCACCACCAGCAAGCCUUGUUCUGAUGCCACCCUAGCCCAGGCCUGUGAGUACCUGCAGAGGAUGCGGGCGGACAUGGGGGGCACCAACCUGCUGGCUGCCCUGGGAUGGGUGUACCAGCAGCCUACCCACCGCAGCUGCCCACGCCAGCUCUUCAUCCUCACAGACGGCUCCGUCAGCAACGUGGGCAAAGUGCUGGAGCUGGUGCGCAGGAACACCUGCUCAGCCAGGUGCUUUGGUCUGGGCCUGGGUCCACGGGCCUGUAGACGGCUUCUCCAAGGGGUUGCCAAGGUGACCGGCGGCGGUGCCGAGUUCUUGAGUGAUGAUGAGAGGCUGCAACCGAAGCUCAUCAAAUCCCUGAAGAAAGCUCUUGAGCCUGUCCUGACUGAUGUUCGCAUUGACUGGUAUGUGCCUGACAAUAUGGAGGCUCUCCUUUCACCCAAUGAAAUCCCUCCACUCUACCCUGGCAGUCGUCUGAUUGGCUACUGCACCUUGUAUGAUGUGGCGCCAUUCAGAAGCAGGAAGAAUGAGGUGAGAGGGCGCUCGUACCGAGGCGCGUCCCGCGGCUCCCUGGGCUCUGUGUUCGGCCAGGUGCAGGACGAGCUGCCCAAUCCGUCUGAGGUGCUGCAGCAGUUCCUGGCGCUGCCGGGCGAGGAGGAGGACCUUGAGGAGGCCCUCAGGGAGAUCUCCCGGGAAAUCUCCUCCGAGUUCUCCUGCGCCAAGGCCUCCGACGUCGACAACAAUAGCACAGCCUUGGAGCUGGAGCCCUACAGUGACGUGCGGCAGCGGAUCGAGGAGGCGUCCUACGUGCAGGACCAGUAUGUUCUGACCCGCUGCUCCAUCAGCAGCGACCGCGGCCUCCUCUCUGCCUCCCCUGCUGCCUCUGACUGGACCAGCCCUAGCCUGGACACAGGCUCCCUGCCCCAGGGCCUGGAGAGGGUGGCCCCCCCAGACACACGUGGCCUCUCUCGCUGGGAGUCCCCCUGGCAGCACACCCCUCCCUCGGAGAACACUGACCCCAGCCCUGGGAAGGCUGGCAGGCUGGCGGAACGUGAGGAGUGUCGUCGCAGGCAGAGGGCGCUGGCGCGCUGUGCCAUGUCUGCACGCAGCUUUUCAUCUCCGCAGGGCGAGCUGGACAUGCACCGGCUGCGGCGGGCCCUGGAGAAGGUCUCCUUCGACCAGGCGGUGGGCGGGCGGCUGGAGGAGAGCGACAGCGAGACGCAGCCCAGCCUCAGGGGAGCACUGUCUCGCAGGAGCUUGACCGACUCCAAUGGCUUGCUUUUUCCAGCCUCCCCUCUGGAUUGGGAUGGCUUCACCGACCCGGAGUGCUUCUUUGCAGCCGCACCAUCUGACGAGCCCCAGGCUCUGCAGGCCCGGUCCCUCAUCCAUGGCUUGCUGGGGGGCCGGCCCGUGUCCUGGGAGGUGGCUGUGGACCUGAGCCCACUCUGGGCCCCUCCGAGCCCCACACCGCCAGCAGCUGACCCCUGGGGAGAGAUUGUGCAUCAGCUGGCCGCUCGCUCUGUGAUCCGUGACUUUGAGAACAUGUCAGAAAAAGAAUCCGACAUCGAGCAAGGGCCAAUGAAGAGGUACAGGAUGAAGGCCAUUCAGACCAGUAAGAGCUGCAACAUCAUCUGCAUGUAUACGGCCUUCACCGCCACAGACUCCAGCAGCACCAGCACCAGCAAGGGCCUCAAGGACGCACCCCAACCCCUCAGCUCAGCAGGGGUGCGUUUCGGUGCGAGGCGCAGCUCCCACGCAGGCGGCAGCAGGAGGCAGAGGUCCUACUCGGUGGGUCUGGGUCGCAGGCCAUCCAGCCGGGACAGUGAGGAGCUGGAGGACACCUUUACCUCCACAGACAGAGACGACACCCCCGCCUCCCCCUGCAGUCUGACCUCCUGGGAGAGCAGUACAGGCCCCGCCGCUCACCCUGCCAGCCCCUCCGGCACCUCCACCCGCUCACAGCGCUCCAUAGAGAGCCGCUCCGUGGAGAGCUUCUUCGGCUCCAGGUUUAAUCUGGGGAGGCUGAUGUCCAGUAACGCCUCAGGAAGGCAGGCAGCCCUGAAGCCUCACUGUCUGUCUGCAGAGGCAGAGAAGCACACAGAGACAGACACCCCCAACUACCUGCCUCUGGUGCAUCUGCAGUUGGCUUCCGGUGCUUUCUGUCUGAACGAGUCCUACUCCGAGUGCAUCCAGAUCCCUCUGGAGCGCCUGAAGAGGGCGUCCCCGUACACCAGCCACCGCAGUAGCCUGAGCCCCCCCAUCCGCUGCACCUCUCCCCCAGUCAACCCAGAGGAGACGCCAUCCCCAAACCAGGCUCCAGCUCCAGCCCUGGCCCCUGGCUUCACCAGGGUGUCUGCAAGGCCCAGUGUGGGGCGCUGCCUUGGGGCCGACACUGUCCUCUCUGAACCCCUCAGCUUGGAAGAGGGCUCCCCGGAGCUGGCUGGCGGGGUCCCCCAAGCGGACAGCGGGCGCGGGUCGGAGACGGAUAUGUGCGAAGCCUCCCUUCUGGAGCCUGCUGAGCUGCCAGGGGAUGUGGUGCUGGCCCAGGUGGAACUGGAGAGCCUGAGCUGGGCCACAGCGGUGGCCUUGGCCUGGCUGGAGCACCGGUGCGCCGGCUACUUCGUGGAGUGGGAGCUGAUUGCCGCCAAGGCGGAUUUCUGGCUGCGUGGCCAGCUGCUGCCCGAAGGACUGGACCUGGCGGGGCUUAAGGCGGCCGCACGGCAGCUGUUCCUGCUGCUGCGCCACUGGGACGAGAACAUCCAGCUCAACAUGCUGUGCUACAACCCCAACAACAUGUGAUCCACGCUAUGCUAUACUGUGCUACAACCCCAACAACAUGUGAUCCACGCUAUGCUAUGCUGUCCUACAACCCCAACAUGUGAUCCACGCUAUGCUAUGCUGUGCUACAAGCCCAACAACAUGUGAUCCACGCUAUGCUACGCUGUGCUACAACCCCAACAACAUGUGAUCCACGCUAUGCUAUGCUGUGCUACAACCCCAACAUGUAAUUCAUGCUACGCUAUGCUACAACAUAGAUAUUAUAAAAGGUAGAUGCCGCAUUGUACUCCAGAACAUAUGUAAAUAGUGCCACCUUCAUGGUGGGGUCAAAAAUCACUGGAGGUCAAUGAAGAAACUGAAAGGUGGAAAUCAGACAGGUGUCUCUGAUUGCCGACAAGUGUUGCCCAUAGAGAGUAAAGUGUUUGCCCCCAGCAAUAGAACUUGACGGACAAUGCGGUAUCUAGCUUUGUAAUAUGCAUGUGCUUCAACCCCAAUAUGUGAUCCACUCUAUGUUAUGCUAUGAUUCCUACUAUGGUGUGCUGCUGCUUCACCCUCAACAACAUAAAGGUGAAGUUUCUGCAGCUCUAUGCCUCAACUUUACUGCUGCAACCUUAGUAGCAUGAUAAAGCACAUGGGGUUCCAGCUACCACACCACCUGCAACCCCAAAAACAAGCUUUUCUAUGCUGCUACUACCAAAUGCAAUGUCAUGCUACUGCUGUGCUAUGCUACUGUGACAACCACAUAAGACUAGCCACAAUCCUCAGGCUAUGUUCCUGCCAUGUGUGAUCCGGGCUACACUAAGCCUACGACUAGGAUACAUGAUUAAGGCCAUGCUUCUGCAUUCUUUUUCUUUUGUUUUUACUUUAGAGGCGUUUGCAUUCAAUUGACAUAGGACAGCAGAGAUUGACAGAGCAUGAAUGGAAAGAGUGGAGGGAGUAGAAUCGGCAAAUGGUCAUUGGGGUAAACGGGCACUUAAGCCCUACUGUGGUAUGGAUGCUGCCGUUUGCACUACAGCUGCCCUCAGGUCCUAGCCUGAUGAGCCAGACCCACAUGCCAGUAGGGUGCGUCUAGAUUUCUAGGUUACUUAAGUCCUACAAUGCCUCAAAUGUGACUCAAAGUAUCCUACUGCUGCAAACCCAUUGCCUUGAGAUUCAGGCUAAUUAAGUGCUAUUAUUAUAUUCACAGGCUACAUUUGUUCACAUCAAUCUUUAGGUCUUUUUCCAACUUAAUUUGUUUCCUUGAUUUUUUAACUAGGUGGAAGAAAUGUACUUUAUAUUACCGUAUUUUCCGGACUAUAAGUCGCACCGGAGUAUAA